UGCCUGUCAUGGAAGGAGGAGUCAGUAACAUCACUUGCCUACGGGUGGCAGUGAUCAAUUAUCUUCCUCAUGUAGCAGUUCUCAGCGCCGGGCCAGAUCUCGAGAUAGGAGGAACAUUUUCGCCUAUCUUGGACAUACUUUCACAGCAACUUGGUUUUUGCUACAAGUACAUGGUACCUUCAGAUCGUCUCUACGGAAAAGUAUUCGAAAAUGGCACUUCAACAGGAACUAUUGGAGCUGUACUCAAUGGGGACGCGGACAUGACGGGUUUGUUGGUGGUGGACGAAGCUCGCAUGAAACAUCUUGAUUUUACGGUCCCGCUUUUCAUGGAGCGGUUUCUUGCGGUAGUAAAGCGGCCAGUGCUGGAGCCCGAUGUGGCUGGAUUUGUGAAGCCUUUCACAACAUUUGUUUGGACAGCAACUCUGGUAGCCAUCCUCUUCACCUCCCUUACUUGCACACUCCUACUGGGUGUCUACGAAGCUCUGCCUCUUGCUGAGACGCUAUCAACACCUAAUGACUCUAGCGAUGGGCAACCUUUCAUGAAUCUCAGUCUGACGUCCCUGUUGUGGUGUGUGGCUGUCCUUUUGUGUCAAGGUAUAGCGUGGGUUCACAGAGCAGCUUCCUUGCGGAUGUUGGCCGGCAUAUGGUUCAUAGCGUCCCUCAUCAUCAGCACAGUCUACCGCUCCAACCUGAAAGCCAUGCUGAUAAUGCCGCGCAUCCAGCUCCCCUUUGACAAUCUGGAGGAGCUGUACCAAUCCCAAUAUCCAUUGUACGUGGUCGAGACCACAGUCAUUCAUAGAGCUAUAAUGAACGCCCCUGGUGAUAGCCCGCUGGGGCGCCUCAAGGAACAGAUGGUGGCAAGCAAAAGUGAGACCUUAAUGGCGAGAAAAUUUUAUGGAGGCGAGCGCGUCGCCCUCGCUGGCGUGAGCAUUUCCUUCAGGCAUUUUAUGAACAUCGCUUUUUCUAGAUUCGGCUUCUGCUUUGAAUACAUUAUGCAAGACCGAUUGCUGGAUGGACUGACUCAGGCGGUCGCUUUUCGUAAAGGCUCACAUCUCCUUCCGAAAAUGAACGCCAUUAUCCUUCGUCUGCUAGAAGGCGGGCUCAUGAAUCAUCUGGUUUAUCGCACUAUGCACAACAGCUCCCACUGUCUCGGACCCAUCAUCCAGGAUCUUUCUUCCACCAAACUACGUGCGCAGGGCCUCAAAGACUUCUAUGGUGUUUUCUCCGUCUUUGCUGGGGGAAUCAUCAUUGCAAUUCUGUGCUUCGGUUUUGAGCUCGUGGUAGGUCACGGACAUAACAACAGACGGGAUAUCAAGCAUUGAAGAAAAUCAUCUUUAUUUCAGUUACCAGAAACUAAUGGCUACAUUUUAAAAAGAGACAGUGUGUUAAUGUAUGCGUUUUACGAAUAGUUGCACGCGCGCGCGCGCGCG